CACACGAGCAGCACUCAAUAACCUCACCACUGUGCCACGCACGCCUGCCUGUGCGCAGCUGUCCGUCAUUCCUCGUCUCGUUUCAAGAGCGAGCGCCGAACCUAAACUGAAACCUCCGCGCCCCACAAGCAGCCCGAAAGCUUUCUCCCGGGGACCCCGGUAGACAGCCCUCGCCGUGCCGUCGGCGGCGGCGGCGGCGGAGGAGGAGGCAGCAUCGCGGUGACGGUCGUCGGCUUGAUUCCGGGCUUCGCUCAGAACUUGUCAUGGUGCUUUUGCACGCGCGUGCCACGUCGGAACCGCACUCGGCUGCCCGCCACGGAUUACUGGCACGAGGAGCACGAGCCGGAGAGAUGUGGGUCUCGCGCACCGUGGCGAAGGGACCGGCGGGCGUCGACAUGGAGGGCGCCCUGACGGCGCGGGACCGCGUCGGCGUGCAGGACGCCGUGCUGCUGGAGAACCACACCAGCGAGGCCGCCUUCCUGGAGAACCUGCGCAAGCGCUUCCGCGAGAACCUCAUCUACACGUACAUCGGCUCGGUGCUGGUGUCGGUGAACCCCUACCGCGACCUGGAGAUUUACAGCAAGCAGCAGAUGGAGCGCUACAAAGGGGUCAACUUCUACGAGGUGCCCCCCCACAUCUACGCGAUCUCCGACAACGCCUUCCGCUCCAUGCGCUCGGAGCGACGGGACCAGUGCAUCCUGAUCUCGGGCGAGAGCGGCUCGGGAAAAACGGAGGCGUCCAAGAAGAUUCUGCAGUACCUGGCCAUCACGAGCCCGAGCAGCGACCGCGUGCACAUCGUGCGCGACCGCCUGCUGCAGUCCAACCCCGUGCUCGAGGCGUUUGGAAACGCCAAGACCCUUCGCAAUGACAACUCGAGCCGGUUUGGAAAAUACAUGGACAUUCAGUUUGACUACAAGGGAGCCCCGGUCGGUGGACACAUUCUCAACUACCUGCUGGAGAAGUCACGCGUGGUUCACCAGAAUCACGGCGAGCGCAACUUCCACAUCUUCUACCAGCUGCUGGAGGGCGGCGAGGACGAGGUGCUGCGGCACAUGGGGCUGGAUCGCAACCCGCAGAACUACAAGUAUCUCAUCAAGGGCCAGUGUUCCCGCGUGAGCUCCAUCAACGACAAGAACGAGUGGAAGAUUGUGCGCAACGCCCUCCGCGUCAUCAGCUUCAGCGACGAAGAUGUGGAGGCCCUGCUGGGGGUGGUGGCUAGCGUCCUGCACCUGGGGAAUGUGCAGUACACGGAGGACGAACAAGGCCACGCCAAGAUCGCCGGAGAUGCCCAGAUCCGAUAUCUGGCUCGGUUGCUCGCGGUGUCGGUGACGCAGCUGCAGGAGUCGCUGACGCACAAGAAGAUCAUCGCGAAGGGCGAGGAGCUGGUGAGCCCCUUGAGCGUGGAUCAGGCAGCCUACGCCCGCGACGCGCUCGCAAAGGCGGUGUACGAACGCACCUUCUCGUGGCUCGUCAGUCGGAUCAAUGAGUCGCUGGCUAACGAGGAUACGCAGCAGAAGUCUGUGAUUGGGCUCCUCGACAUCUACGGUUUCGAGGUCUUCCAGCAGAACAGCUUCGAGCAGUUCUGCAUCAACUACUGCAACGAGAAGCUGCAGCAGCUGUUCAUCGAGCUCACCCUCAAGUCGGAGCAAGAGGAGUACGAGUCGGAGGGAAUCGAGUGGGAACCAGUGCAGUACUUCAACAACAAGAUAAUUUGUGACCUUGUGGAGGAGAAGUUCAAGGGCAUCAUCUCCAUCCUGGAUGAGGAGUGCCUGAGGCCAGGCGAUGCAACGGACCUGACUUUCUUGGAGAAGCUGGAGAAGACGGUGGGAGAACACCCGCACUUCCUCACGCACAAGCUGGCGGACCAAAAGACCCGCAAGACGAUGGCGCGGGAAGAAUUCCGCCUUCAGCAUUACGCUGGGGAGGUCAACUACAACGUGACAGGGUUUCUGGACAAGAACAAUGAUCUGUUGUUCCGGAACCUGAAAGAGGCCAUGGCCGGAGCGGAGAACGCCAUCCUGAAGCAGUGCUUCCAGCGCAGCGAGCUGAUCGACAAGAAGCGCCCGGAAACGGCGGCCACGCAGUUCAAAGGCAGCCUGGCACAGCUGAUGGAGAUCCUCAUGUCCAAGGAGCCGUCCUACGUGCGCUGCAUCAAACCCAACGACGCCAAGCAGCCCAACAAAUUCGACGACGUGCUGAUCCGCCACCAGGUGAAGUACCUGGGUCUCAUGGAGAACCUGCGUGUGCGCAGGGCUGGCUUCGCCUACCGCCGCAAAUACGACGCCUUCCUCAACAGGUACAAGUCUUUGUGCCCAGAGACGUGGCCCACGUGGCGUGGGCCGGAGGUUGAGGGCGUUAAGCGCCUGGUGAAGCACCUCAACUACCGGCCGGAGGAGUUCAAGAUGGGCCGGUCCAAAAUCUUCAUCCGGUUCCCAAAAACCCUGUUUGCGACGGAGGAUGCGUUUGAAAAGCGAAAGCACGGCAUAGUGACCACUGUGCAAGCGGCGUACCGUGGACACUACCAGCGCAAGAAGUUCCUGAAGAUGCGGACUGCAUCUAUUGCGGUGCAGGCGUGGUGGCGCGGUCUCCUGGCACGCAGGCAUGCGGCACGCCGGCGCUGGGCCGUGCUGGUCGUGCGCAAGUUCGUCAGCGGAUUCUCCCACCGCCACAAGCCGCGGUGCCCCGAGAACGCCGACUUCCUCGACUUUGUCCGCGUCUCCUUCCUGCAGCGCCUGCGCUCCCAGCUGCCGCGCAGCGUCCUCGACAAGGCCUGGCCGGUGCCGCCCCCUGCGCUCGCCGAGGCCUCGGAUCAGCUGAGGACACUGUGCAUGCAGAACAUGGUGCGGAGCUACUGCAAGAAGAUCAGCCCCGAGCACAAGCGACAGCUGGAGCAGAAGGAGUUGGCCAGCAGGCUCUUCAAGGGACGCAAGGACAACUACCCGCAGAGCGUGCCCAAGCCGUUUGCAGACACUCGACUGAAUAACAGUGACAUCAACCCUAAAGUCCUGCAAGCAAUUGGCAACAGCAAAGUCAAGUACGGCGUGCCGGUGACCAAGUACGACCGGCACGGCUACAAGCCGCGCGUGCGGCAGCUGCUGCUGUCGGACCAGGUCGUCUACGUGGCGGAGGAGGGAAAGCUGAAGCAGAGCAUCGACUACAGCCAGCUGGCCGGCAUCUCGGUGAGCUCGUUGAGCGACGGUCUCUUUGUUCUCCACGUGCCUUGUGAAGACAACAAGCAGAAGGGAGACGUGGUGCUGCAGAGUGACUACAUAAUCGAGACGCUCACCAAACUCGCCAUGAUCGCGAAGAAAUCGGACAACAUCAACAUCACCCAGGGCAGCAUCAAGUUCAGCUCUGGGCCGGGCAAGGAGGGAACCAUUGAGUUCUCGUCGGGCUCGGAGCUCAUCGUGGGCAAGGCAAAGAAUGGUCACCUCUCGGUGGUCGCUCCGCGUCUCAACUCGAGAUGAUGUGGCUGCUGCAUCCCUUGUGGUGGGAGGGGGGUGGGGAGGGGUGGGGUGUGGGAGGAAGACCGCAAGUGGGGGUGGGGGGGGCACCGUUCCUUGCACAGUGGAAGAAGACCCAGACCCUCUUCUCCCGGCAUCUUAAGGCUAAACGCAGGGCAGGGCUGGAGCAGGCACACCGUGGACCAGCCAUGAGCUCACCGACCGCUGCACAUUAAUAUCGAUAGUUCAGUUAUCUCGUUGUGCGUGUGAUAUUUUUUUUCGUAAUUCUUUUGUUUAAUACUUCCUCGAGUAAUUGUUCAUGUUUGUGAGAUUGCAUCUUCCCGAUCCAUAGUUCGACAGAGGACCCAUGGGCCACUCAUACAAGUGGGGCACUGUCUUUUUUUAUAUAUAUGCACCCCUGUUUUUUUGUAGAGCGGUAAUGCAAAUCUGUUGAGACGGACUGACACUAAUGCCAAAAGGAUGUGUACGAGUGGCUUAAAAAUAUGUUGUCGAAAAUUGUGAUUUGUGAAAGGUGCGUCGGGCGGGAGGGGAGUUCCUUCGGCGUCGGGUCUUGAGACUUCUUUCUUUCGCAACACAAAAACUAAAUAUAUAUCUCGGAGGAAUCCUAAACGAUUAGUUUUUGAGGCAGCUUGAAAUUAGAGAAGCUUGCCUCGCUUCCCUUCGACAAAGCAUGCUGGGAGUGACCUAAAGCCAUUAAGAUUGUAUUUUCACGGCGUAAAAAAAAAACCGGCACGUUUCUUUCGGCCUAGUGAUAUAGGCUCCACGUCCGCAAGCUUUAACGUCGGAGCUCACGCUGCACUUGUCCUUAAGGCCGUGGAAUUAAUCAAAAGUUGCUGCAAAGCACGGAGCAGUAUCCCUUAAAGGUCGUACGGGAGAGGUACCUCAUCUCUUUCUACUCCGGUGGUGGUGGUUGUUUUGGAAAGAGGCUGCUCUGUUUCUGUAAUCCGCACCGAUGCCAAAAUAUAAUGCAGGAUCAAUGCAUAGUGAUAAAGCACGUGGCAUAUGGCUCCUGUUGAAUUGUUUCCCUUUUUGUCACACUUAAUUUUCUUGUACAUUUUGUCCGAUUUAUAGGUUUUGUAAACGUGAGGAAAGCGUUGGCACGGAGUAGUUCGAUUGCCUGCUAUGGCCGACACCGAUGGCGAGCGAUAUCCGAACCGGUCCAAGGCUUCCCUCUUGAACCCAACUGCCACUAACCAUUGCGGGGAAGUACGGUCAAAAGCCGUGACAGACACAGCAAGGGGAGGGGGGGGUGGGGGAGGCCUUCAUCCCGCAUUUGAUUGGCCUAAAAAUUAUAAUUGUGUGUGCCUCACUUUUGUCUGUAAAAAAUGUCUCUUCAGAGCAACAUAUAGUGCCAGCCCAUACCCAUUCAACACAGGCUACCAUCUGCCAUACAAUCAGGGGAAUGUGCGAGAUACGCGCCAUCCGACGACGCCAAUGAGAUCAUCAUCAUCAUCCCGUGACCGUGAUUUCACACGGUUUGCCCAUCGCGUGAUAAGUGAACGUCAUUUCAUGCCGCGCGCGCAAAUCGCAUUAAUCCGUUGACGUUAUGUUUUUCAGAUGUGGAAUCCAACCGAUGAUAAUAACAAUACACACGUCAUUGUCUCUGUAUUCGCUGGCGAUGGUCACCGCAAUGUAACGCGAUUCUCUUACCGUGCGUGCGUGCGGCAUCGGUUGGCGCCAGCGUCACGUUGCACGGAUGUUUCGCGAGAGCGCGCGUGUCACGGUUACCGGCGCCGCGUGCCACGGCAGUUUUGCUCGUCGCCUUGCGCUGUGAAGCCAAACUGCCAAAAAAAAAAAACAUAAACACGCCACGAAAAAUUGAAGAGAGCCAUAUACUGGGAGCACUUAUCCACGGAGAGGCGACGUCUCUUUUGAAAAAAAAAAAAUGAAGCCCCGAAGAAAAUGAGGUUUAUAAUGGGGCGGAAAAAAAAAUGUUCGUGCAAUUUGGGGAAAAUUGUAAUUUCUCUAUUGUGCUUCUUUGCCUUUCAAUCAAACUGCAUUUAUUCCUUAAAACAUGUUGCUAUGAUAUUAUCGAUGUAUGUACGUCAGGCUAAUGAAACUAAAUUUCGCUGCGUCAUUGGCACACGUGUGUGUGUGUGUAGUCUUGAGAGUUCAAAACCAAUGUUGGAGGGGGACGUUGAAUUCACCUGGCCCCACUGGUGGCGGCUCGCCCGCAGUCCCAUCAGCCACCUGUGCGUUGCCCUGCCACUUUACCGGCGAGCUCCUCCAGAGAGAAAAAUUCCCGUUAAAUGCACGCAAACUUUCUUGACUCACUCCGUUGGGUUCGCGGUCGAGUCCAAGCGUCUCCCUGUUCUAACAAGCGUUGGGCAGUGGCUGCCCCCCCCCCCCACCCCCUCUGCUGGCAGCCCUGAAUUUGUUGAACAAACCGGACCACUGGUAAAAGAGACCCCAGGAGAUGGAAAUCUUUCCAGAGUUUGCUUGCUUCAACAAAAAAUAAUGCUGGAUAACGCUGGUCUGGAGAGCUACCGAAUGGGGCUGAUGGAACAGAACGGACUUUCUGCUUGUACGUGCAAACAUUAAAACAUUCUCCAUUCCUGCGGUGGGGGAGGGGAGACCCAGUCGAUAUACCACGACCACUUGUUGACAUAGAAAAACUUGCGCAACCGAUUUACUGACCACGGCUAGACGAUGGUUGGAAUUUCUUAACCCCGCCACCCCCACCCCCUUGCACUGCAGUUUGAACUCCCACCGUUCUGACCGUGACGCGAGUGAUUUUUGUGUGUUUGGUUGAUGACCACAGCGCCCGCUGGUCGCGUUCUGUUGGAUCGUCGGCGCCGCCGCUGCCGCUGUCGAGGCUUUACGCUCCCGUGGCCGAUGUCGCCCUCCCGUUGCCGCUUCCGACUGCGCCACGCGGACCGCGGGCCGAAUUCUCGUCUCGGCGAACGCUGAUUUCCGUCUCUCUGACUUCUGAUUGUUGUAAAGUAAGAAAAAAAAAGGAAUUACCGGUCUUUUCGUCGCUUAAGGGGGGGGGGGGGGGGAAGGGGUGGGGGUGGGGAACGUUGGCAAAGUCUUCGGUGAGUUUUUUUGGGCCGUUUGCUCAAGUUGGGAACCUGUUCCCCACCCACGUGUCACCGGACGUCUGGCGGACUGACGAAAGAGCGUUCGUUGCAACAACGUGAUUGUCACAUUUAUUAAAUGCAAGUUUGAAAAAUCGAA